AUGCGCAUCCCAUUCCCACCAAAGCCCACUCUUCCCAGGGCUUGCUGAGAGGGAAGAAUAACUGCAGGCUCCCCUAGGGUGUGCCCACAUGAGACUCCAACCGAGCCAGCACCACAGAGCAGCGAUGAAGCGCUCUACUGUGAGGCCGAAGUCCCGCAGACUGUCAGAAAAGUGAAACCAGACCGGGAGAAUUCAGAAACAGACCUGGAAAUUGAAGAUAAUGAGAAGCUUUUCACCACUGGACAAAAGGAGCUGUACCUGGAGGCCUGCAAACUGGUGGGUGUAGUGCCCGUCUCAUACUUCAUCCGGAACAUGGAGGAGUCCUACGUGAACCUCAACCACCACGGCCUGGGCCCCAGGGGUACCAAGGCGAUUGCUAUAGCCCUGGUGUCCAACACGACUGUUACCAAACUGGAGCUGGAAGAUAACGGCAUCACGGAGGAGGGCAUCUUGAGCCUGGUGGAGAUGCUACAAGAGAACUACUACCUCCAGGAGAUGAAUAUUUCCAACAAUCAGCUUGGUUUGGAGGGGGCCAGAAUCAUCUCAGAUUUCCUCGAGACAAAUACUUCUUCCGUCUGGAGCCUUGAGCUUUCAGGAAAUGACUUCGAGGAAGAAUCUGCAGCACUGUUCUGCCAAGUCCUGUCGAGCAAUUACCGAAUUAAGAAGCUGGAUCUCAGCCACAAUCAAUUCUCUGAUGUAGGAGGGGAGCACCUGGGACAGAUGCUGGCCAACAAUGUGGGGCUCACGUCACUGGAUCUGAGCUGGAAUCACUUUCACACACGAGGAGCUGUAGCCUUGUGCAAUGGUCUCCGGGGUAAUGUGACCCUGACAAAACUGGACCUCUCCAUGAAUGGCCUCGGGAAUGAGGGGGCCCUGGCCCUAGGGGAGGUCCUCCGACUCAACAGCUGCCUGGUCUACCUGGAUGUCAGCAGCAAUGACAUCAGCAACGAAGGGGCCUCCAAAAUCAGCAAAGGACUGGAGUCCAAUGAAAGCCUCAAAGUUCUGAAGCUUUUCCUGAAUCCCAUAAGUGUGGAUGGGGCUCUUUCACUUAUCCUGUCUAUCAAGAGGAACCCCAAAUCCAGGAUGGAAGUGCUUGAUAUUUCUAACGUGCUGGUGUCGGAGCAGUUCAUGAAAACGUUGGACGGAGUGUACGCUGUUCACCCGCAGCUGGACGUGGUGUUCAAGGGAGUACAAGGCCCCUCUGCCAAGAACACCAUCUCCUUGUUGACAAACCCCAUGAAACUGAUCCAGAGCUAUGCAGACCAGCACAAAAUCACGGUGGAGGACUUCUUCAAGAGCCUGAACCCUACUGGGACGAUGAGGAUGUCAGUAGGCGACUUCCAGAAAGUGAUGAUAGAGCAAAACAAGGUCCCUCUGAACCAGUACCAGGUCAGGGAGGUGAUAAAGAGGCUGGAUGAGAAGACAGGCAUGGUGAACUUCAGUUUCUUGAACACAGUGAAGCUGUAGCAACAAGCCUGGUCUGGAAAGAAGUCUUGGCGAGAGAAGUCCUGGCAAGUCGGAUGGUGGCAGGGAGGAGACCAAGAGGUGGCCGAAAUCUCGAUGGACAGAUGCCGUGGCCAGGGCUGGGCACAAGCAAAUAAAGUCUGGCUUGGUUCUGGGCAUCCUGGGCUGCUGGUGGUGUGCCCUUCACCAGGGGGACCACCUUUUGCUUUUAGUGAUGACCAGGGGACAUGUUGGUGCAGCCUGGCUAAGAGCUGCACAGACAAUUGGGAGUGUGAUGGGGUUGCUAGGCAGCAGGGAAAGAGCCUCAGGUAGCAGGUCGGGGCCCGAGGGCAGUCGUCAUAGCGAUUAGAAACAGAGUCCGGGGAGACCUCCUCGGUGGGAGGCAGUGGCC